UCAAAUCAACUUUUGCUCAAAUAACCUCCAAAACAUUUUUAAUGUGCCUCAGUUUGUCUUUUAACACCCCACUCAGCUGCUCUGUUAUCUGAAGACUUCAAGUUAUCUGGGCUUAAUACAAACUCGGAACCAGCUCUGACAAAGGGAAGAUUUGGGGCUAUCCUGGGAGGAAGACAUUUUUCCAAGAGGGCUCAGGUCCUGAAAGGUACAGGCAGGACAUGUCCCCUGUGCUCAGCUAACAUAGUUAGCUCUUGGGGAAAUAUUACUGUGAUAUUGUGAUUUAUAAUCAUAAAUACAUACUUGGUUUUCCUCCCCAUUCCUGGCACAGAACUCCUUAAACUCUUCCAACUUCCUAAGUGAUGAAAGCAGUGAAGCUGCCUUUUGCUAUUCAUAACAAGCCCCUUUAACCACAUCGGAGUUUAUGUUAACGAAGUGGCUGUAGGAAAGCUCCUAGGUCACUGAAGUUUGGGGGCUGGUUGCCAGGGAAGCCGACCAUGUGAUUAGAGGGUUGGAACAUUCAGUCCCACUCCUAACCUCUGGGGAGGAGAGAGAGGAAAUUGAGUUCAACCAUCAAUUGGCCAAAGAUGUAAUCAAUCAUGUCAAUGUAAUGACGACUCCAUAAAACCCCCCGAAAGAGUGGGGUUUGGAGAGUUUCUGGUUUGCAGGGCAAAAAUGCCGGGAAGGUGGUGCACCCCAAACUUCAAGGGGACAGAUGCUCCUGUGCUCCGGACUCUUCCGGACUUUGCUCUGUGUGCCUCUUCAUCUGUCCGUUCCUUCAGAUCCCAUUCAUAUCCUUUGUAAUACGCUGGGAAUCUAGUAAGAAAACUGAUUUCCUAAAUUCUUUAAGCUAAGUAGCUUGUAGCAAAUUAGUCAAACCUGAGGAGGGGGUCAUGGGAACCUUAGAUCUAUUGGAGAGGUGGUGAUGAUACAGUGGGGAAUGAAGAACACCUUGACCAAGUGAUCCGGAUUAGUACCUCCAGUGGGAGGCAGAUGGAGAGCUUGUGCGUCCAGAUGAGCUUCCCGUGAAAGACACAGCAUCAUCGAGGAGCAUGGCUGAGGUUCCUGAAGCAUCAAGAGAUUCCAUGGGUUCUGCCAAGAUGCUUCUGCUCUUGCUCUCGAUGGCCUUGCUGGCCCUGAGCUCAGCUCAGGACAUCAGUAAUGGUACUGAUACUGAAAACUCACCAGAAGGCCCUCAAAACCAAGAGGAAGAAACCCAACCAUUAGACCAUAAAAUUGUUGAAGAACCCCCAGAGGGAUCGCAAGAAGAACAUGGAGGUCAGCAUGAAAAAAGAGACCAUGGUCACCAUCAUUGGCCUCAAAGCCAGAAUGUCCAGGGAGACCAGGAAAACUCACGUAGCCAAGGUGGAAGAGGAGGUAGAAGAGGAGGCCGAGGUGGUCGAGGUGGCCAGAGAGGCCAAGAUGGCCAGGGUAGCCGAGGUGGCAGAGAUGACCAGGGUGGCCCUGGUGGCCAGGGUGGUCAGCGUGGAAGAGGUGGCCAGGGUAGUCAACGUGGUGGUCAGUGACAAAGAAAACCAACUAGAGAUGGCUUCCAGUGAUUCCCUAGGUAUUAAUUGCAUUUUUAGUCCCCAAUCUAGUGAAUUUCUUCUUAAAUUUUUAAAUUUUUUUCUUUUUGUUUCUAGUUACUUCUCUUGUUUUGAUUCUUGAUUUUAAUCACUCAAACUGUUUGUCCAUAUUUGCCUUUGCCACAAAUUUCCUUGCCUCAACCUUACACAUAGAAAAAUCUCCUUCAUUCUUUUAAGAGCAAGUGUUACUUCUACCCUGAGCUUUUGUUUGACUUCCUUUUCUUAUAUUAACCUAAAAUUUUCCAAGUCCUACCUCUCCUCCCCUCCACCUCUCUUCUCUCCUCCCUCCUGUUUCCCUCUCCUGGCUUCUUCCUCCCAUCUCUACCUCCUCACUCCUCCUUCUUCUACUCUAUUUUAACUUCAUGUGUUGUCUUAUAAUGAGCCUACUUCAUUAUAGAAAUACCAGUCAUAGAGCAUGCUCAGGCCAAGUGAUUAUUGUGUCUAAAACCAUUUUUCUCUGUUUCAGAAUUGAUAGAGAUCGACUGGUGAACAUGGACUUUUCAGUGGUGUAAACAUGGCCUUUUCUUUCUCCAACUUUAAAUCA